AUAGCGCCUCACUUCAGUACAUGGGUCAGCAGCCAGCUGCGAGCAUCAAACCACAACAACAGCAGGCUGGAGCAGCCAGAAGAGCGCAAGCUUGCCAGGACUGAGGACAGAGGAACAGUGAACCAGAGCCAAACGUCUCAGCAGUGCAGCUCUCGACUUCAGAAAGUUUGAGCUUGAAGUUUCAGGAUCCUGCCGACUACGCCAAUGACUACACCACUCUACAGCACCUGAGAUUAAGCUAUUCAUCUUCAAGCUCUUAACCUGCACCAUGCUUUAUUAAUGACCGCGGGGACUGACGCACUGCAGCGAUGACAGAUUCACACAGAUCAUAGCAGACAAGACAAGCAAUCCUCUCUGAAUGAUUGAGGCAUCAUCAGAACUGGAAAUGCACAUGGAAGCUUGAGUACUAGACAUGGUUAUGAGGAGGGUGGUUCUUUCCUUGAAGUCCCCCAGAAGUGAAUGAGUGUACAGUGACCUUAAAUGUCCUGGUGCUGCAGUAGAAAUGAUUGACAGGGUGGGUGUGGCCUUGGGUAUAAGGAAUGGAAUCUUUGAAUGGAUUUUAUCAGUUAUGCUAUGGCUAAACAGCAACUGAGCAUGACUGGACGUUAAGUGGCGAACAGACUGCUGCAACUGGAGUUGCUGCAGCAAUGUUCUUUAAAUAAGUGCACGUGAUUGGCCUGUGGGCUGACCACAUGUGAUUGGCAGACAAGCCAGACAGUGGCGAGAUGGCCUCAAAGGUGUCCUGUCUGUACCUACUCACUGUGCUUUGCUGGGCCAGCGCUCUGUGGUACCUCAGCGGCUCCCGGCCUUCCAGCACCUACGUAGGCCAGAUGUCCGUGCCGGUCCGCAAGCAGCCGCCAAGACUCUUAAAAAAUGUGACCUUUAGCAACAUCCGCACUCGCACCCUUAACCCGCACAGCUUCCGCUUCCUCAUCAACGAGCCAAGCAAAUGCGAGGGUGACCCACCCUUCCUUCUUAUCCUGAUCAGCACCAACCACAAAGAGUUUGACGCUCGGCAGGCGAUCCGGGAGACGUGGGGUGAGGAGAACAUGUACAGCGACAUUCGCAUCGUUACACUCUUUCUUCUUGGUCACAAUUCCGAGCCUGUACUGAACCAGAUGGUGGAGCAGGAGAGCCAGAUCUUCCAUGACAUCAUUGUAGAGGACUUUGAGGAUUCCUACCACAACCUAACCUUGAAGACCAUGAUGGGAAUGCGCUGGGUAUCCUCCUUCUGUCCAAACGCCCACUAUGUCAUGAAGACAGACAGCGACAUCUUUGUCAACAUGGACAAUCUGGUUCUGAACCUUCUAAGACCUAACGCUAAGCCCAGGCAGCGCUUCUUCACAGGGCAUGUCAUAAAUGGAGGGCCCAUCCGAGACACUCGCAGCAAGUGGUACAUGUCUAGAGAGAUGUACCCUGAGAGCAAGUACCCCCCGUUCUGUUCUGGGACUGGAUACGUGUUCUCAGGGGACAUGGCUGAGCUGAUCUUUAAGACUUCCCUGCACACUCGCCUCAUUCACCUGGAGGACGUGUAUGUGGGCUUGUGCUUGCGCAAGCUGGGGAUCCACCCCAUCCAGAACAGUGGCUUCAACCACUGGAAGAUGAGCUACAGCCUCUGCCGCUAUCGCAGGGUGGUCACUGUGCACCAAAUCUCACCAGAGGAGAUGCACAGGAUAUGGAACGACAUGUCUACCAAAAAGCAUCUCAAGUGCUAACAAGGACCAGACAUCAUGGUCUAGCAUUGUGUUGGUUGGACGUGGGAGAACAAACAUGCUUUAAAUUGCUGUACAUGUUUUCGCUGGUCUGAAAACUUUUGUUCAAGUGGUUCAGUUUAGUUGCAGAACCAAGAAUCCUCAUCUGUGUUCUAUGAAAGACAAGUACUGAUGGUGUUGUGGAACCAACAGUGGUUCCAUUAGAGAUUCUUUAUGUAUAAACAUAAGCAAGUAUACAGACCCAAAGGACCGUCUCCUCUUAGAUUAACAUAAUCCCAUUGUUUGUAAUAUGUAAGGCAAAACUAUUAUCCUAGAUCAGCACCCUGAGCCAUGCUUCAAAGUUUUACUGCACAAUUCUGGUCAAAAAUGUGGGGAACUACUUUGUUCACUUGUUCAGAAAGGAGGGUACAGAUUUUCAAAAAAUCCAGUAAAUGAAUUAAUAUUUGGUUUGACAGAGAAGCUACUUGCACAGUCUUGAGCUUUUUCCAAAUGUAGAGUCACUGGCUGUGUUCCAAUAUCUAGGUUGCAUUUCUCGGCUGGGACACCUUCGUGCAGUGCAGAGAAAUUAGGCCACAUUUGGAGGACCAACUGUUUGUCAUAGAACUUCUAGAGAGGAGAAUCACCACUUGAGAACAUCUUCUCAAGUAGAGUUUGUCAGACACUAGAGGGCGCUCCCAAGUGAGUUUUUUUUUUUUUGAGAAAUACCUAAUUUUACAUAAUUUUAAAGGUAUCCUGGACAAUUAGUUAGACACUAUUUUAAAUUAGAAUAAUUUAUUAAAAAUGUAUGAAUUCAUUUUAGGCUCCCUCUAGUGUUUUGCAGUAAUUUUCAGAUAUAAUGGUGGAAAUAGGAAGUGGGUAGGCUGUCCAUUAACAGUUCUGUGAAAAUAAAAAAAAAUGUCAAAUGAUGGAAAGCAAAUUUUUUUUUUUGCUAUAUUUCGAAAUGAAUCAUAAAUGAAUGUCUGAUGUGACCAGAAAAGCAUAAUUAGACUGUUCUAUAAAUGUGAUCAACCGACUGUUGACAGGAGCUCUUCAUAGGACAAUCCUACAGAAAAUUGCAGCCUAGAUAUUGGAACUGUUAAAAACAGUAUUGACUUGCAUGCCACAUCUGUGCAUUCAUACAUUUUCCAAUCCACAACUGUGCAAAUGGGUUACAUGAAGAAAAUAAACACCAGUAAGUCAGAAGAAACCCUAAGAUCAGCUCUGUCAGGUUAACAGCAGCUUGGUUUCUCUUGGAUGCGCUGAGAUGCGUGAAGGUAAUCUGUUUUUAGGAGUCUCCUGGGAGUGUGAUAAAAAACUGUGUGCAGCAGCCUGUGUAGUUAAAAGAGCCUGCUACACCACAUACGCUACGCAAACAGGAUGUUUAGAUUAAUCUAAAACUUUUGCAACAUUUACAUGUAGUUCUUUUUCUUCUAAAAUGGUAAGUAAACAAUAAGACUCAUUUAAUAAUAUACGGUCUCAGUGUAUCCCAGAUAUAACCUAGUUUAAUAACACACAGCAGGUAGAAGUGGCCCAAAUCUGGCCUUUUUUGUCAUUUGUGACACAUAUUUAAAUGCAUUUUUUGUUGUAAGGUGAACAGCACACUGAAUCUAAUAUUUUCAAUUCUGGAUCAAAUUGGAUUACCUGAAAUGUGAUACAUAUCCAUGCAGAAUUCAUGCGCGGAUUUUAGGUCAAGGAGAAGGACCUUAUACAUAUUUGGACAUAAAAGGACAAUAAAAUGCUUAAAAAUGAAAUUUAAAGAAAGGACACAAAACAAAUAAUUAUGAGCACGGCUGUAAGAAAAGAAGAUUCUGGCAAGGAUGAAACUUAAACUUAAGCCUUAUCUGGAUGGAAUUAGUUUCUCAGUUGGAUGUCUGUGAAAAAUAUUGAACUAUUCUCUUAGUGAUAAAAAAACAGAUGAAAAAACAGGAGGACCAGUGAGUUCUUUGGCUGUUUUGGUCACAUGACAUUGCAUUGUCACAUGAUAUCAUUUUUGCACACAGAGCACGAUGGCGGGGUCUAAGCGCUCUAAAAGAUACUGGAGCAGAGAAGAGACAAUGACUCAAAUUUCAGCAACAAUUCAAGUACAGUUUACAACCACAAAGUGUGGGAGUUCAGUAGCUCCUCCAUUUCCACUCACUGUUGUGUUUUUUUUUCAUGGAUCUCCAUGGAACUCCACACUUAGAGUGUAAUUACGGUGCGUGACAUUGGACAAAUAGCUAUUUUAUUAAACGUGAGGUGGCGAAACUUUAAAAUUACUGGAAGGCCACGGAGUUCAGCGAAAAACAGUAGGUAAUUCUGCCUGUAAUUCUCUCAGAGGACGUCUGAGAAAAACACAUAUAUGGUCGUUCUGGACUCAGAGGACCCCCAUAAAAGAGUAAAUUACACCAGGACCCCCUGAGAAACUAAUCCCAUCUGGAUAGGGCUUAAUAGUGAAGUUAUGCUGUUUUGCAUAUGAGCAUCAUUUACACUGCUUUAUCAUUUAAACAGUGCAGACAAACAGCAGAUACAGGUCACAAAAAAAAAACUAUGUAUUUGUUGAGAAAAUCAAAUAUGGGCCACUUUCACCUGCUGUGUAAACUAAGCUCCAGUGACUCAAAGCUGGGGUGCUUGGUACCUGAUGGCAAAUCCAGAAUCCCAGACAUAUUAAUACAUGCUGUGUCGAGAACAGUGGCUGCUUAAUGGUUUUUAAGCAGCUUUGCAAAGCAGUAGAUCUCAGUAGUUAACCUAAUACAUAAACUCUUGACAAAUUUAUUAAUGCUAAAAUAACUAUUUCUCUGCAUAAAUUAAGGGAAUUUAAGGACACAUGUUUAUGCACAUACAUAUUCAAUCAACGUGACAGAUACUGAUUAUACAGACCCUUUAACUGCAGUUUGAAUAGAAUGAGGCAGUGAGAACAGUUUUUGUUGUAUUGGUUUUUCAGUAUUGGUAUUCCAGCACAUUGUAUGAGGUUGAGGAAUUGUAUAUCCUCUUUAGUCAGGAAGAAAAUAAAGAAGAAAAUCCAUGUGGUCAGAUCAGAUUCACAGCCUUGCCUUGAAAUCCUCCAGUAUAUUUUGCAAUAUUUCUGAGGUUAUUUUUUCUUGCAAGGAUUUUCUUUGCUUUUGUUUUUUUUCUAAUUGCAGUCUUGGGCACACCUAUGAUCCCAUCCUUGAUAGUAUUCUUAAUCAACCAUCCAAUUUUUUUUUUUCAGUUGUUUAGUUGGCUAUUUAGGCUACCUGCCUCUCGAGAGCAGGUUAUACCUCCAUCCUAAACCCAACACAGUCUAUACAACUGAUCUAACCCUCCUGGAGAUCCAUUAAAAGGCUCAGGUUGGAUUAAUUGGUGGAUGGAUCUAAAUUCUGCUCUCUAAACGUAGCCCUCCAGGAGCAGGGUUGGUGACCCCUGGCUUGGGACUGGAAGGUUUCUGGUUCAAUUCUCAGGACUAGCCUCCAUGACUGAGGUUCCCCUGAGUGCUCCCCUGGUGCCAAGGCGGCAUUUCCACAAUACCCCAGCUCCACCAGUCCAGGGUAUUAAUCCAGCAGCCUUCCACUACCAAGCUUACCUUUCCAAAUCUUUCCAAGCUGUGUCUCUACACCAGAUUGUUUGCUACUGCUGUACUGUUAGUUCUAGUGCUAUCAACAUUAUUUAUUACCCUUUUAAAUUUUUUGUUUUUUACACUUUAGUCAUUUUACCCAUUCUGGAACCAAUCUCUGCCAUUUCUCUCCCUCUCUCUGCCACACUCGCAUGUAUCUCCUUAACCCUUCUGUUAUGUUCAUUUGUCAGGAACAGCAGUGAUGUUCCUGGGUCAAUCUGACCUGGUGCAUGUUUUAUUAUCCAAAAGACGUCUGAAACAAACUAAAAAACUCCUAACCAGCAGUGUGAAUAUUUCAGCAUUAACUCUGCUGCUAAUUAUUCUAUCAAUAUUUAGUGCAAUGGUGUUCCUUACAUCUAUCGGGUAAUGCUUCAAUUAGGAUAAUUCACUGGUUUUUCAUAAAAAAAAUACAUGUUCAAACUUGUUUUAUUGUUUCACUACUUAAUUACUUUUAAAAGACCAACAUAUAAAAGACAAUAGUUUUACAUAACAUUAAAACAUAACAGUGCAAUUUAGUUUUAGUUGUAGUUUUUGUAUGGGGUGGUUGCAUAUAUGUGAGAUGAACCAUUUUCAUAUUAUAAUAAUAAUUAAGGCAAGCAGAAGAAGUUUCAUACUGAAAAAAUACGUUCUACUAUUUUUCCUAGAUGUUCAAACUUUAACACGUUUGACCCGAAACAUAAUAGAAGGGUUAAAGAGAAUCUUUCCUUCUUUCUUUUUCAUAUUUUGCAACUAGUACUAGUACUAGAACAUAAUUAACAAAGAACAGUCUGUGUUCAAAGUUAAGAAAGUACAGUUAAAAAAAAUAUAUUUAAAUCGAACAAAUGUUACAUAUACAGUGUUUUUGCUUUUUUUUUUUUAAUCAUACUUACAUUUUUCAGAUUAUCAAGCAAACAUGAAUAUCCAACAAAGAUAAUAAUAAUUUUAUUAUUCGCCCGUCAAAAAAGGAAAUCAAUUAUGUAUUUACUAUUAUUAUUAGAAAAAUAACAAACGGAAAUUAACCCAAAAUGUUGUCAAAAAUAUAAUCUAACGAAUUAAAAAAAAAAAAACGAAAUUCUCCACAGAACCAAAGAAAAUUACUAAAACUUAUAAUACUGAAAAAAACGGAAAAACGCGUCUGGGGAUGAAAGUAAACAAACCAAGCCACACUCAAAGAAAAUAUGUAUAUAUAAACUAAACAAAAUAAUGGACAAAAACAACAAUUUAAUGACCAUUAAAAUGGUAUUAAUAUAACAGCUUCACCAAAAGAGAAUAGAGCUUAGAUCGGGCCCAGUUCUGCAGUUUCUCAGUGUUUUUGUCGUAUUUUGCGGCUAGCGCGAGCGCUUUAAACGAGAACUAACGCCACGACCACGAGGUGCCGCGCGCUGCUGCUGCUGUGCCGUAUCCGACUCCGCUUUGCAAACAGAAUCGGCACAACACCGCCCGCUGUACAACUCCAAGAGUGAAAACAGCGCUUAUAAAUAAAUUAAACACUAAAAUGAGGGUAUUCUAUUAGUAAUUUCAGUUCGUUUUAGUUAGUUUUAUAAACACAAUUACCGUUUUUAUUAGAUUCAGUUAAAACAAAUGUUUUUCACUUUCACUUUUCGCUAUUUCGUUCGCUUUAGUGAACAAUAAUAAUUGGUUACUUAGCAACAUUGUGAUUAUCACACCAGAGCUUUAUAUAAAAUAAAAAUAGGAGCCCGAUUUCGGGUCGGUCCUCGGGUCAAGUCGGGUUCGGGCAGAGAAUUUAAGCUCUAAAACAGAAAGCAGCAGCACCACAAAAACCGGAGCAGCUAAAAAGAGCUUAACGUCCUUAAAUCGGAACUUGGGCUGUCCACGGCAAUCACUGAAUUGAUUAGAGCACGCAAAUCGUCACAAUUGUGCCACACCACGCCACGCCAACCCACUUAAACCUACAGGCACAGUGGCCAGAAGCUCAAGUUCACCAGAAAGAGGAGGGGUUAACCAGGGCAAAGAGAAGUUAAAAAAAAAAAAAAAGUUCAUAGAGCGCUAAAGUAACGUGCAGUAACGGGGUGUUGGAAAUGGUAACGGC